AUGGUUGGAAGUCAGUGCGAGUUACACAAAAAUUGUAAUAAUGGAUUAUCUUCCAUCUUGGCCGCUGCAGCUACAGCGAACAAGCUUUCGGGUUUGAUAAAGAUCAAAGCCGGUGCCGGACCCAGGACCCUGUUGGAACAGACGAACUGCUUGGCUGACGUUCUGAAGAACCUGUCCAUCGCAACCGGAAAAGAAGCAACGGAUGGAGGUACUAGGUAUCAAGUAGCAAGAGACCGAGGAACAACCGACAAGGAGGCCACUAACAAGGAAGGAGCUGCGGACCAGACCGAGUCAUCGUGCAAGACGGAGUCCUUGGGCAAAACCGAGUUAUUGGGCACGACGGAAGCAUUGGGCAAGACGGAGUCCUUGGGCAAGACCGAGUUAUUGGGCACGACGGAGUCAUUGGGCAAGACGGAGGCACUGGGCAAGACGGAGUCAUUGGGCAAGACGGAGGCACUGGACAAUACGGAGUCCUUGGGGUGGUAUUUGAUUGGUGAAGAGGGACCGAUGCUUCCGUGCCACGAGGUGGAUGUGGAACGUACGGACGAAACGGCUUUAGAAGCGAUGCCGGUACGGGUCCCGACAUCGGCACUGGAGGAUAAUGAAUGCUGCAAGGAGUUAGAGGAAGGCGAAACGGCUGCCGACGAAUUCGCGAUAACCUUGGAACGGCACUUGCGGCUGAACCCGGGACAGGUUAUUCGGUACCAGGUGCACGGACAGCCUCUGUGGUUGGGAGUGCCAAAGCCCAACGAGGAAAAUGCUGAGUUGAUGUUGGGUUUGUCAACCAUACCGCCGUGCAUGACUUGCAAAGCAGCCCGAUUUUCAGAGGUGCAAAUACUCAGUUCCUUGACCUCUAUAUUGAUGGAGAAAUAUCCUAAAGACAGAUUAGUACAAUCGAUGCAGUGGGGUACCAUCGUUGUGUACACUUGUGCCAGAGAUUGUGCCCCUAAUAUAGACCAGCAAGGCUAUGAACACGUAGCCGAACCGGUCAGGGUUCAGGUGGUCUAG